AUGACGAACUGGGUUCCCGAACCAAACGGCCGCGGCACCUUUGGCCUGAUCUGCUCUUGCGUCCUCACCCUCACGAUAUGCGUCUGGACGGCCCUCCACCUCAACGUCCCUGCUGCCCGCUCCACCCUCCGGAGCCGGUCGUUGGAACGGACAAAGUGGGUCCUCUACGGCAUCUUCGCGCCGGAGCUUGUGGUCGCCACGGCGGCGGCGCAGUAUAUCGUAGCACGAUGGCUCAAGAGGGAGAUUGAGAAGGAUGCUGCGGAUCGGAAAGGUGGUGCAGGUGCAGAUGGCAUGUCUUGCGAUAGGGAGGAGACGAGGUCGUUUUCGAGGCAUACGUGGGACAUGACGCAGUGUUUCUACGCCGUGAUGGGAGGGUUUGUCAUCAAUGUGCCGUCUGCCGAGGACGAAACGGCGCUGAGGAGAGUUACUGUUACGCCGGAGGGCAUCAGGCUCUUGUCCUUCAUCGGCAAGCUGCCGCAGAUUCACGAGUCGCAGAUCCAGGACAAGAGCAAGGCGGAUUGGAUGGCCAAGUCGCUGGUGUGCAUACAGGCCUGGUGGAUGGUCGCCCAAGUCAUCGGCCGCCUCAUCAAGAAACUGCCCGUUUCGCUGCUCGAGAUCAACACCUGCGGGCACGUCGCUUGCGCUGCGCUGCUUUAUCUGCUCUGGUGGAGUAAGCCCCUGGAUGUGCUCGAUCCCACUAUCCUGGACGAGGGGAACGAGAAAGCCAUGGCGUUGAUGAUGUUUUGCUCGUCGAUGAGCGCAGUUAAUGGCGUCACUGAGAUCCGGUGCUUCAUGUACAUACCGCCCGAAGACGUGGGCGCGGAAGGGGCCAGAAAGGAAAACAGGGACAAGAUCCUCAUCACGACUCAUUUAUCCAUUGGAUCACCUGGCACCAGGGAGCCCUCCAGGUUUCUCGGCUUCGACGUAAGUGACCUCCGUCCCUACUCGUCACCUGUGGACGUCGACAUUCAGCGGAAAAGAGUAUCUCGAAGCGCCUAUAUGUACCACAUCGACCAGGCGAAACCUACGGUUUCCCCGGAAUGCCAGCAGACAUACUUCGCUUCGCCUUACACCGAGCUCAGUCUCCGGCACGAUGUCCAAGGACAUGAGAAACCUCACUUGCCCGUCAACCUAGGACGUUUGGCACAAGCUGCGUCAACCGCAGAUUCUCUCUGGGCAGAAUGCAUUUCCCGGCCGACGUAUGCUCAAUUCUACUUCACCUCCGUGCCGACGGUUGGCGUGUUCCUCGGCGAGACGGAUUACCUCAUACCUCACAUAGUCAACUUCCCGUCCAUGUCGAACCUUGGGCUGGGCCAAGUCAAUAUCCACCGUGACGUCCUGCGGUCGGUCCUCGCUCUGACGGCAGCGGCGUAUGGCGGCCUCCACCUCGCGGGCUGGCUCGACCACUUUCCGACGACGAUUGAGCGGACUCUCUGGCUGGCUGCGUCUUUGGUAAUCACGUCCUCGGGCGUGGUGCUAUGGGUCUUCUUCCUCGCUCGGCAGGUUUGGCCGCGGUUUGACGUGUUCGUUUCUGGUGCAGCACCAGGGGCGCAACUAGCGGGGACGACGUACCAGAAACCGUGGAUGAAGAGAGCAAAAACCUUUGUUCUUUGUUUUGUUCUGCUGCUGUUUGUUGUCGCGAGAGUGUUCUUGGUCAUUGAGGCGUUUAUCAAUCUGCGAGAGGCUCCUGCGUUGUUGUAUGAGACACCGGAGUGGUCUGAUUUCUUUCCGCAUUUCUAG